AUGCGGAUAAGUCGAAUGGUCGCCGCAGCAUCUGUCGCCGCCAACACAGGCGUCGUCAAUGCCUACGAUCCUGCUGCGGUUUCCAUUCCCUACGGAGACUGGCUAGGCAUCGAUGGCAACUGGUCCACUGUUCGGUUUCUACUCGGUACCCAAUCCGAUCUCAUCGAUGUUAUACCUAGCACUUCCCUAUCAGAAUUAUGGGCGGUCGGCCCUGGUGGUUGUCCAAGUAAGGAGCAACACUGCAUGACGGCGCGCGGUGGUAUUUACACGCCUAGCGACUCGAAAAGAUGGACAUCAUGGGGACAAUACUUUCUCGGCCUCGAAUACCUGGGCUACGGAGGCAACGGUGCCUACGGCAUCGACAAUAUCAAUGCCUGGAGUCCCUUUACCAACAUUGCUUUCGGCAUGAGCAGUGUUCUCAUCGCCGCCUACAACACCACUGAUUAUUUCAACGGCCUUUUUGGUCUCGGAAUCUCUCAGGGCCGGUUCAAAGGCAACAUUGGCGAGUCAGCUCUCACUCAAGCUGUCAAGACGUUUGGUUGGAUCCCCAGCUACAGCUAUGGCUAUACUGCUGGAGCCAGUUACAAAAAUAUGCCUGGUUCUCUGACGCUUGGUGGCUACGAUUCCGCACGCUUGGUUGACCACGAUACGCUUUUCACCAUUACGCAAUCAGACAACUCGCCCCGUGUCAACAUUCGCAGCAUCAGCGUAUCUAACAAUCUCAAGCCCAAUGGCUGGAGCUCAUCAACCAAAUCCGUAUCAACUUAUAACGACACCUUCAUGGCCCUCGUCGAUAGCACUACCCCCUAUCUAUGGUUGCCCGAGAGCAUCUGCGAGUCGUUUGCAUCCGCCCUCAAUCUCACCUACAAUGACACAUACAAGCUAUACACUCUAACCAACGACCAGUAUCAAGACUAUUCCAACUCCAACGCGUACUCAUUUACUUUCAGUCUUGCGAGCAUUGACAAUAACGACAACUUUGGCCUACCUCUUAACGCCCCUGGAGUCGUCAACAUUAGCCUCCCGAUCAAAGCCUUCGUUGGUUCACUACAAUAUCCUUUCGGCAAGGAAGCUAUCAAGUAUGGGCAACCCGCUGUGCCGUACUUUAUGCUUCGUAAAGCCACUAGUGGUAACAAUACCAUCAUUGGCCGUUCCUUUCUGCAAGAAGCCUAUAUUCGCACCAAAUAUGACUCUGGCGUGUUCAGUUUGCACCAGGCUGCUUUCCCUCGCGACCCCGACACCGAUAUUAAACUCAACAUGAUCAAGCAGCCGAGCAAUAGCCCUUACCCACGACCCCCGCCAACCAAGGAUCGUCACGGCCUGACGACGCCCCAAAUGAUUGGGGUUGCCGUUGGUGUGGUUGCCUUCUGCACUCUUCUUGUCGGCGGGCUCUGUUUCUGGAGACGUCGCCGCAAGCACAAGAAGUGUGGUGAUGUUACCAGCAAGGAAGCGGAAGCGCAAGAUACAUCGUCAACUAUUGGCCCAGAGUCGACAACGACUCCGAUUUCUCGCAUUUUGUCAAGAAUCGUUCGCAGGAAGCGAUCACGACGCACUGCUACCGCAGCUGAAACCGGGGCACCCACAGAAGUGCCGGCUUCAGAAAUAUACGAACUGCCCGCACCGCUUCCACCCGCCGAGCUUGCCGCUCAUCCCCAGGACGACGAUUCCAUUCUGGGUGAUACGGAAGCAGGAACAGACGACUCCCAAGACUUGAGUGCUUAUGAACUUGCUAGACGCAAGCUUGCUCGACAACUGGCAGGCCCUGUUCCAGCCUAUGCUCCUCCAGCGAAUGGCAUUAUGCCUGUCGACAAAGACAUGCAAAUCGAUACAAACGUGGUUCAGACUACGAUAAUCUCCCACCCGCAGCCUAGCUAUCACUACCACAACGCCUCCUUCCAAAGAUCACCCAUUGAGCCCUCCAAGGUCGUCUGCCUCGGCCCUCUGCCCGAAAAUGUCACUCUGUUCAGACAAAAUAUGUUGUCAAGUACCGCCGGGUCACAUGGGCAGUCUUGGACAGGACCAUCUCAUUCGCGUCACCGACCUUCAACAGGCAGUCUCGGUAGCAACUACACUGACGAGGAAGACGCCAUGGUGGAAGAACUGACGCGUCAGUCCAUCGUAUCUGGCCCGCGCACUGAGGACGCACAACGCCCAACGUUGGCGAACGCCAUCAUUCGCAGUGUUCUUCCUUCGCGAACGGAAGAAGAUGGGAAUAUCUCGCCCACAAGCAACAAAAGUGGCUCCGAAUCUCACAGCAGCGGCGGGCGCAUUGGUGGCGAUGACCUCAUCCACGUUCCACAGAUGGCAGAGAAGCGUUACAGCUGGGAAGAAGAGCGAUGA